CUUUUUUUUCUGCUCUACUUUAUAAUAAAGUAAAAGCAAGAAUAAAAAAGGAAAAAAAUAAUUAAUAAAUAAAUUGAAUGGAAAGAAAAAAAAAGUAUGCAAAGUUUGUUAACCUCAUCUCUAUAAAAUACUUUGAGACCCCAAGACUUUACGUUUCUUCAUCACAUCUAUAGUAAGAAAGCAAAACACAACUCUUCAAACCUUUAUCCAAAGUCUUGUUUGGUUGCACAUACAAGGAAAUAUCAUCACAAAGGUGAAAGUAGAAAAGUAGGAGAAAAAAGUUGUUUAAAAAAAUUUCAUUUCUUAGGAAAGUUUAAUUUUAUUUUUAUUUUUUUGAAAAUUGAAAUUGAAAUUUUCUACACAUAUAUGUUGAGACUCAUGAUCCAUUGUAGCAAAUGAUGGCUGGGAACCCUAAUUGGUGGAACAUGCAUCCACCAUCUUUGAAUAUCCCUCCUCAAUAUAUGCUUGGAUCUUCUUCAAUCCCUUUCAAUUCCUUGACUGAAAAUUCUGAAGUACCUCCUCAAUCAUGGAGUCAACUACUUUUUACUGGAGUACCUGGAGAAGAAGAGAGACUUGGUUUCAAUCAUUUUGAGCCAAAAAACUCAGAAAACUGGGAUGUGCAAAUUCUGAAUCCAUCUUCAAGAGUUCCUAUUAUGGAUGUAAUAAAGCAUGAAGUUUCUCAAAAUGAGAAUUUUUAUGGCCAACAAGAGCAUCAUCAUCAUCAUGAAGAGUUUCAUCCUAAUAAUUCUGGAUCACUUGGUUCAUCUUGGUCACAUAUGGUGCCAGUUUCUUCUCCAAGUUCUCAUGUCACUAGCUUAAGUAGUGAUAAUAAUAUGUUGGAUUUCACUUAUAACAAGCUAGACCAUAGCAAGAAUUUACUACAAGAUCAAACAUCUGAGUGUAAUAGUUCCACUAUUAAUGGAGUCAAUAAGAAGGCUAGGGUUCAGCCAUCUUCAUCAAGUCAACCACCUCUAAAGGUGAGGAAGGAGAAGCUAGGUGAUAGAAUAACAGCACUUCACCAGCUAGUUUCUCCAUUUGGAAAGACUGACACAGCUUCUGUAUUAUUAGAAGCCAUCGGAUACAUCAGGUUUCUGCAGAGUCAAAUUGAGGCACUAAGCUCUCCUUACUUGGACACUGCAGCAUCAAAAAACAUGAUGAGGAAUCAACAUUCUGUGCAUGUAGAAAGAAAUUCUGUAUUUCCUGAGGACCCCGGUCAGCUGUUGGAUGACACUGGCCUAAAAAGAAAGGGUGCUCCAAUUCCAAACCAGAAUGCAGGAGCUAAUAAUAAGGCAAAGGACUUGAGGAGUAGAGGGUUGUGUUUGGUUCCUGUGUCAUGCACACAACAUGUUGGAAGUGAAAAUGGAGCUGAUUAUUGGGCACCAGCAUUUGGAAGUGGAUUUUAAUUAACAUGAUGAUGAAGGAAAUUUCUCGAUGAUAUAUAACAUCAUGAGCAAUCAGUCUGUGAUAAUGAAAAGGCUGAUUGCUCACGAUGCUAUAUAAAUGCAUGCCAUUAUGGUUGAUCAAUCAAUAACUGGAAUAUUUAAAUCCUCUAAUCUAAUUAAUUAGAUUAUCUAUUGAGUUUGAUCUUAAUUAUUAUCAAGUUUGGUUCAAAACUUCAAUUGGAUAUGUAAGUUUGGUUCUUCUAAAUAUGAUUUGUGCUGGGUUGAAAUUAUCCCUUCUUAUGUUGAGAUGUAUCAUUAAUUA